CAUUAUUAAUGGCAAAUCACAUGUUUGACUGCUGAUUCAGUCUUCCCACCUGCCCUCUUCCGGGCAUUCACUCCCCGGUCAACGUUAUUGACUGACUGUGGACUAAACACCCAGCUGAAACUUCUGAUGGCCUCAGUAUUCUGUCUCCUCCGACCAUGGCUUCCUUCUCCUCCUCCUCUGCUCCUACUAUUCUGCGGCUCUUCCUCUUACUACUCUUCUCGGUAUCUGCACCUCUCCUAACCGUUGCCGGCUCUGUCGCCCACGAGUUCGUCUACCCCAACUUCACCGCCUCCUACCUCCAUUUCGUCGACAACUCCGGCGUGUUCCUCUCCUCCUCCGCUUUCUCCGCUGGCUUUCACAACCCCGGUGGACAGAGCUCCCGCUACUACCUCUCCGUAAUCCACGCCCCGUCCUUCACCGUCGUCUGGACCGCCAACCCCUCCGCCCCUGUCCCUCCCUCCGCCAACCUCGUCCUCGCCCCCGCCGGCCUCACCCUCUCUCUGCCUGACGGCUCUCUCGCUUGGUCCACCCCGCGCCUCGCAGCCCCUGUCGUCGCCCUCCAGCUCCUCUCUUCCGGCGAGUUCCGCCUCCUUGACGCCGCCAACGCUUCCCUCUGGUCCUCCUUCGACCACCCCACCGACACCCUCCUCCCGUCCCAGCUCCUCCCUGCCUCCGCCUCUCUCUCCUCCGCUGUCUCCGACAACGACCCCUCCCCUGGAAACUACCGCCUCCUCAUCACCCCCGGCGACGCCCUCCUGCGAUGGACCGCGAUCUCGCAGAACUACUGGUCCCUCUCCACUGACGUCCGCUUCACCAAAGACUCCAACUUGGAGGUCGGUUACAUGGCCGUAAACGCCACCGGGCUCUACCUCCUUGCCGGCGAUAGGCAAACAACCGUCUUCAGGAUGAUCUCCCCGCCGCCGCAUUCGUCGUCCCCCGACGAGUUCCGCAUCGCGAAGCUAGACCCCAGCGGCAAGUUUCGGAUCCUGAGCUUCGACACCGACUUCGUAGCGCCGAGCAACGACUGCGACCUCCCUUCCGUUUGUGGCUCGCUGGGCCUCUGCUUCCCCAUCGCCAACAACUCCAUCUGUAGAUGCCCGGCCUCGUUCGGGGCUUCGCUGGCCGGCGGGUGCUCCCCGGCCGACGGCUCCAUUUUGGCGAACUCCUCUUGUCCCGAUGAGGACAACAGUGGCUCGGUCUCCUACAUUACCUUGGGUAGCCAAAUCGACUACUUUGGGACCAAAUUCUCGACGCCUAUCACUGCCGGAGCCAACAUUUCCGCGUGCAGCGACCUCUGUUCUCGGAAUUGCUCCUGUCUCGGCUUCUUCUACAAUAACUCAUCAAAGACGUGCUACAUCCUCGAGCACCAGAUAGGUUCUCUCUUCAUCGCGGACAACGGCAGCGGCGACACCUCCACCGCCGGCUACAUCAAGACGCUCAGUCAGCCAUCGCGGCAGCCGCCUUCGAGCGGUUCUCAGUCUUUGGCCCGUCUCCUCGUCGUUUUACUGCCAACUACGGCUACAGUUCUUCUGGUGAUCUCCAUCUGCCUUGUAUGUUACGCAAUGCGGAGGAGGAACAAACGUCAAACGACUGCAGAAAUUUCUAAUGAAGAGGCCGGGAAGGAGGACGAGAUCGCGAUCCCCGGUCUGCCGACCAGGUACACCUACGCUGAGCUCGAGGCCGCCACCGAUAACUUCCAGACACGGAUCGGCUCCGGUGGUUUCGGCUCCGUAUACAAAGGACAGCUCCAGGACAAGUCGUUCGUCGCCGUCAAAAAGAUCAACGCCGUCAGCGUGCAGGGGAGGAGGGAAUUCUGCACGGAGAUCGCCGUCAUCGGCAACAUCCACCACGUCAAUCUCGUGCGGCUGCGGGGGUUCUGCGCCCAGGGCCAGUCGCGGCUGCUCGUCUACGAAUACAUGAACCGCUUCUCGCUCGACCGCGCCCUGUUCGGCCACAGCCUGGUGCUAGAGUGGCGGGAGAGGCUCCAGAUCGCCGUCGGGGCGGCGCGGGGCCUCGCAUACCUCCACACAGGCUGCGAGCACAAGAUCAUUCAUUGCGACGUGAAGCCGGAGAACAUACUUCUUCAUGAUCACAACCAAGUGAAGAUUGCGGACUUCGGAUUGGCCAAGCUGAUGAGCCCGGAGCAGUCGGGGCUCUUCACCACAAUGAGAGGGACAAGGGGCUACCUGGCGCCGGAAUGGCUAACGAACUCCGCCAUCACCGACAAGGCGGACGUGUACAGCUUCGGAAUGGUGCUGCUGGAGAUCGUGAGAGGGCGGAAGAACCGCAAGGAACAGCUCUGGACAGAGCCGAGCGGUUCGUGUGGCUCGUCCACGCCGGAGACGUACUUCCCGAUGGUGGCACUAGAGAUGCACGGGAGGGGGACGUACGAGGAUUUGGCCGAUCCGAGGCUGGAAGGGAGGGUGAACGAGCCGGAAUUGGAGAGGGUAGUGAAGGUGGCGCUGUGCUGUCUGCACCGAGAGCCGGCGCAGAGGCCGAGCAUGACGAAGGUAGCCGCGAUGCUGGAGGGAACGAUGCUGGUCCCCCAUCCGAGGUUGGAGUCCCUCGACUUCUUGAGGUCGUACGGGAGGGGAUUCGGGGAUCCGAAUGCGAGGAGAGGGUGUGGGCCGAACUCCACAAGCGCCGGCAGCGGGUCCUCUGCUUCGCCGCUGCUCUCUUACGUGUCGUCACAGGAGGUGUCGGGACCGAGAUAGCACGCAAACUGUGGAAGCCAUAUCCUAUCCUACCUUCGCGAUCACGGAUCACAAUAUAGAUUUUAAGCAUCAUGUAGUUAUCACAUCUUGAAUUUAUUAUAAAUAUUUUAUUAUAA